GCCCGCUUGCGUAUCGACGACGACGCAGAGGUGUAGGAUGUAGCACGGGACGUGUCUAGCGAGCGAGCUACUAGCAACAGUAGGGCGUCAGAAAACACACAAACAUCGGCAUCAGGAUCUGUUCUUUUACACGUUCAAGCAGUGGGUGUGUCUGUGUCACCAGACAGAUUAGAGCUGCCAGAUGUGAUGUAUCAGCUUUGCAUUGAGAGCUGAAUGGAAGCGUUUGAGGCCUUUUAUGAGUGAGGAGGUUGUGGACACCAGUAAUGUACCAUGGGGUACGACAUUACGAGGUUCCAAGGGGAGGUGGAUGAAGACCUGCUGUGCCCUAUAUGUAGUGGAGUGCUCGAAGAACCAGUGCAGGCUCCACACUGCGAGCAUGCCUUCUGCAACGCCUGCAUAACGCAGUGGUUUGCCCAGCAGCAGAUAUGUCCCGUUGAUCGCACGGUCGUGACGCUAGCUCACCUUCGACCGGUGCCCCGCAUCAUGCGUAACAUGCUGUCCAAACUUCAGAUCAGCUGUGACAACGCAGGUUUCGGCUGCACGGCCACACUGCGGCUGGACCAGCUGCAAUCGCACCUCAAGGACUGUGAACAUAACCCCAAAAGGCCUGUCAACUGCGAGGAGGGGUGUGGGCAUGAGAUGCCUAAAGAUGAGGUGCCCAACCAUAACUGUAUUAAACACUUGCGGAGCGUCGUCCAGCAGCAACAGACAAAGAUUGCGGACCUGGAGAAAACGGUAGUGGAGCAUAAACACCAGUUGGGGGAACAAAAACGGGACAUUCAGCUGCUAAAAGCCUACAUGAGAGCAAUCCGCAGUGCUAAUCCUAAUCUCCAAAACCUCGAGGAGAGCAUUGAGUACAACGAGAUCUUGGAGUGGGUGAACUCCAUGCAGCCUGCCAGAGUGACACGCUGGGGGGGCAUGAUCUCCACCCCCGACGCCGUGCUUCAGGCCGUCAUCAAGCGCUCCCUCAUCGACAGCGGCUGUCCUCUCUCGAUCGUGAACGACCUGAUCGAGAACGCCCACGAGCGAAACUGGCCGCAGGGUCUGGCCACGCUGGAGACGCGGCAGAUGAACAGGCGCUACUACGAGAACUACGUCGCCAAGCGGAUCCCUGGCAAGCAGGCCGUGGUGGUGAUGGCCUGCGAGAAUCAGCAUAUGGGGGAGGACAUGAUCCUGGAGCCGGGCCUGGUGAUGAUCUUUGCACACGGAGUGGAGGAGAUCUUAUAACUUUUUACAGCGUACUGACCUGGUCCAGAGGCGAGCGGGAAGACGUUUGGCCCGGCGGCGAGGGGGAGGGGUUUCGCUGAGACGAGUAGAGCGUUCCUCGUUUGGAGCGAAAAAAAGCCUUCUGAUUGAAUCUGGCUUAUUUCAAAGAAUAUCUUAUAAGAGGCUCAAUCCUACGCUUGAUACCUAUGCCUUAAAGUAAGGACAAAUAUAUAUUAGGAACCUGGCUAAUAGAAACUUAAUCUGACUGAUAUCUGAGAUUAAAGGUGAGAUGUGAUGUUUACAAGGUUUAUAUUUUGGUGCAGUGAACGAUCUCAUUGUUCUGCUCCAUGUCCUAAUAUAGUAAUAAGCUUAAACUCCAGUUUAAUGCUCUCUGUUGUAUAAAUGCUUGUAAAUACAAAUACUAUAUUGAAUUAUAAAUGUCAUUCUCUUAUUCCGCUCACUGUAAUUGGAUUGUGAUUUUUGUUUUAUCUCAGUUCUGUUUUGUCAAUUUGUUGACUCUGAAGAUUUUUGUUGUGUGCUUUAGUUUUUAGUUUCUUGUGAAUAUUCCACAAGACAUUGUGCUUCUGAGUUUUGAUUGUCUAAACCUUCUGUGCCAUUUGUUUUAUUUAUUAUGUUGCCUUUUACACAAACAUGCUUGAAAAUGUUACCAUUUGAUGUAUGGAAAUUUGCCUUUUUAGGUGCAUUUGAAGUUCAUUGCAGGAAGAAAAUGGGUUUUGUGUUUUCUCUGUUGCCUCAGUUGUAAAUAUAGUCUGUAUGGUAUGUUGGGUCCAGUUAAAGUGUUAAACUAGCAGUUUUAACAUUUGAGAUUUAAAUUGUCUAUAAUGAGAUUUGUUUGACAAAUCAUAAGGAUUCACUAAAUAUUUUAGGUAAUUCUGUUUCCGACAGUUGAAAUAUAGUCAUUGAUCUUCUCCUUUACAGUCUGCAAACCAUGAACCAUAGCUCGGAGAAUGUCAAAUAUUUGUAAAGUCACUCUUACGGCUUUUGAAGGGUAAAAUGUUUCGCCAUUGAUCAGUUAUUGCUGUAGUAAGACAAACGACUCCAACCACCCAGUAUGAAAGCCCACAGACGUGCAGUAUACAUCAGUUUAUAUUGUACCCUUUAUUAUUUUUCCUCUUAACUGUUUUUGUUUGUUUUGUGUCUGUUAUGUACUGUGUUGUACAGACAAGAAAGUAAUAAAACAUUUCAAACUUCA